GCUCAAUUUGUUUCUGUUUGAAAAAAGAAAGUCACUUGAUAUUCCAUUUUCUGAGAGUGCUUUGAAAUCAUCUAACUCUUCUUUGGAAACAGGCAAUCAAUUCAACUCCAUGAAUUAUGGACCUCCUGCUUCUGCUCUUGAUGAUACUGGUGUCCCAGACAGUCUCUGGGACAUUUGGAAUGAAGUGCCCACUGAAUAUGGUGCACCUGGAUAGAGAAAGACCAUGGAGCUACUACAGGCGAGGAGACCAUCUCAUCAGUAUAGUCACCAGUGCGGUAACACUAAUACAUGACAUAUUUUUUUUCAACGAGCUUCCUUAUAGUCAGUCUCACUUUACACCUUAUGCUUCCAAAGGAAUAGAACGCUUUAUUUUCGCCAUUCAAGAGAUCAACAAGAAUAUUCAGCUCCUAUGCAAUCUCACACUUGGUUACAAUAUCCAUGACAACUAUUUGAACACACUUGGCACUUCAGACGUCUUACUGGACAUGCUCUCUACUGGAGAAGCCAAUGUUCCCAACUACAGCUGUGGAAGGAAGGACAACAUUUUGGCUCUUCUUGAUGCAGCUGACAGGGAGUUUUCCAUCCAGAUGUCAACAUUAGUAGGCACCUACAAAGUCCCACAGAUCAGUCAUAGAGUUGUUUCAGAGACUCUGAGUGAUAAAAGUAAAUUCCCUUUUUUCCACCGGAUGCUCCUCAAAGAAGGGUUUCAGUAUUCAGCAAUUGUCCGAGUCCUCCUGCACUUCAGAUGGACCUUGAUUGGCCUCCUUGCUCCAGACACAGAGGAGGGAGAGAAUUUCCUGAGGACUUUUCCUCCUUCGCUUGUCAGGAAUGGAAUUUGUGUCGUUAUAUCAAAAGAAUUCACAAUGACUGGACUUCCAGCACCCUUCAGGGAUUCCAGCUUUUCUCAGUGGAAACAAGUCAACGUCUUUGUUCACUUCACAGAACACAUUAUUGUUUCAAGCACUUUUCAUACUUUCCAUCUAACCCUUGACAUUUUGUCAGGACCCAUCAGCGAGAAAAUCUGGAUCACCACAACUUUGGGAAACUGUAUAAUGCAUCAUCUUGGAUAUCACAAAUACAUCCAUAGUAUUUGGAGCUUUGAAUUUCUGCAAAAAAUGAGCCCAAAAUAUGGUGCUUUUGAACCCUUUUCCUUUUUAGACUCCCAGUAUGAAGGCAAGAAUUUUCAGUGCUCUUUUCCAAAGCAUGUUUUUUCUGUCAAAGGCCGGAAAAGAUGCACCCAAAAAACUCCAGUGGAGACAGAAGAUGAAUUGAAUGGGAUAUUCGUUGAAAACAGUGACUCUGUUUACUUUAUCUUUAUAACUCUGGCCCACGUCUUGAAGGCUGCAUAUUCUUCCAGAUCCUGGAGAAGGAAGGGGGCCCAAGAAACACUGGAGGCUCCAAGGCUGCAGCCAUGGCAGGUAUGGGGUCCCAACAAGGAUCCAACAAAUUCCUCUGGAGAAGGAAUUCAUUAG